AUGGCGACUUGUAAUGAAAUUCCCAAGGAUGUGAUUAUUGAGAUCCUCUUAAUGCUUCCUGUGAAAUCACUGAUUCGGGCCAGGGUGGUUUGCAAAAAUUGGUACUCUAUCAUCAUAAACCCUAGUUUUGUUACUAAGCACUUGAACCACCACGCCAACAGUGGCCGUCUUUUUGUUAACCGUUAUGACAAAAUUUCCCACAAAUAUACAUUCUCAUUGUUCCCUGACCAAACACUAGCCGGUUCUCCUCCGGUGUGUCAGGAUGUGGUGGUGGAUAUGCCCUACCAUCUUGUUGCCAAUCUCUUUAACGGCAUACUGUGUCUGUGCGAUCCCUCUUAUCGUUUUGCUCUCUGGAAUCCGGCAACCAGAGAAUUUAGGUCCCUCCCUGAACUCUCUCCUAACUUUCUACCCGAUAUGGUGAGUGGCCAAGAAACUUACGGAUUUGGUUUUGAUCCCAUUACCAAUGAUUACAAGGUGGUUUGGAUUUGGAACACUUGGGAUCCUUGUAAAGAAAUAAAUAGUCCUUAUGAGGCUGCUGUGUAUACCCUUUCCACCGAUUCCUGGAGAUAUCUUGAUCAUGUUGCUUUGCCUUAUCCUAUCAUUGACACCCCUCUGUCUAACACAUGCAUUAAUAGAGUUUAUCACUGGUUUGCUAUGGACAAUGACCGCCAUGCUCUAAUCCUUUCAUUUGACAUGGGCAAUGAAUUGUUUCAUGAGAUAAGUCAUAUUACUCGAUAUUCAAAACAUGCAGUUCUUGCAGCCUACAAUAAUUCUCUUGCUCUGAUUAAUUAUGAUUCAUUUUCUACUGUUGACAUAUGGGCGAUGAUGGAAGAAGGGUGUUGGACAAAACAAUCAACUCUUCAACUCCCUGAUUUCAUAGAGGGACUGCUUGGGUUUUGGACGAAUGGUCAGAUUUUUAUGGAAUCUGAAGGUGGUGAUAGUCACGUGGCGUUAUAUGAUCUAGAGACUCGUGAAAUUAAGAAAUUUGCAUCUGAGAUUUGGGCCGAAUGUUUGGUCUACAGGGAGAGCCUAGUCUCAAUUAGGGGCAGAGAUGGGUUCCUAGAACAUGAUCAGUUGUCUGAUGUAGAUAAAGUUCUAAACUUUUGUGAAUGA